AUGUCAUCAGCUGAUAACUAUGCAACUACGAAUGCUAUGUCGAAAGUGUUCGUUGAAACAAGUGUAGAGAAAGGUAUAACUGAGAUGAACCGCCUCGCCAUCCUACUGCUGGCGCUCCUGCUGGGGGCGUCCCUCGCACUCGCGCAGCCCAACAGAGGACAGGCGACCAGCGCAAAGUCAGGAGCGCAGACGAGGCACUUUGGCUUUGGAGGUUUGGGCGGUUAUGGCGGUUACGGCGGUUUUGGCGGCUUUGGCGGUCAUGGCGGUUACGGCGGUUAUGGCGGUUACGGCGGAUAUGGCGGAUAUGGCCAUAGAUAUCCUUAUGGACAUCACUAUGGUUGA